GUCUUGCUGCGAGCACAUACGGUGCAGGCCUGGACAUAGGAUCGUGUGUCCUCUUGCAUGGUUGGCCACCAGAAUCGUUGGCGCAGGACAUUCAGAGUCCUCCGGAUGCCGGGGUGGCAGAAGAGGCGGGAUGAGUGAGCCCACUCUAAUACUUGUGCACGAAGCUCCUGGGGUACAAAUAGGUCAGAUUGGGGACCGUCUCGAGGAUCUGGGUGCUCACCCUGGGCGUCUUUUAUUUUACGCUCGAUAUCCCACUCCACGGAGGCAAGGAAGCGGGUUUGUGGGAGUAUCGGGGCAGGUUCUUCCUUAGGUUCGAUAGUCUGGAAUUGACGUGAAAGGGCGUCGGGCUUGAUGUUUUUGGAUCCUGGAAUGUAGGACAGGGUGAAGUCAAAGCGACAGAAAAACAUUGCCCACCUGGCUUGUCGUGGAUUUAAUGUCCGCGCUGACUUGAGGUACUCUAGAUUCUUGUGGUCAGUGAGCACGACAAAGGGCUGUGGGGUGCCUUCCAGGAGGUGGCGCCAUUCCUCCAGAGCUAGUUUGACUGCCAGGAGUUCUCUGUCCCCGAUGCUGUAAUUCCGUUCUGCGGGUGAGAGCCUGCGGGAAAAAAAAGCACACGGGUGGACCUUGCCAUCGGCGGGCUGGCGUUGGGAGAGCACAGCGCCCACACCCGUUUCUGAGGCAUCAACCUCCACGAUGAACUGCAAAGAUGAGCUGGGGUGGACCAGCACCGGGGCGGAGGUGAACCGGCUCUUAAGGUCACUGAAAGCGGCGUCCGCAGCGUCUGACCAGAGGAAGGAUGUGGCAGUGGAGGUGAGAGCCGUGAGGGGGGCAGCUACCCGGCUGUAAUUGCGGAUGAACCUUCGGUAAAAGUUGGCAAACCCGAGGAAGCGCUGCAGUUGCUUCCUGUUGGAGGGGCGAGGCCAGUCCAGGACCGCCGUUACCUUUGCCGGGUCCAUGCGUAGCUCCCCCUUUCCUACGAUGUACCCAAGAAAAGUAGUCUCCGGAACAUGGAAUUCACACUUCUCAGCUUUUACAUACAGCCGGUUCUCGAGGAGCCUCUGAAGGACUUGACGGACAUGGAUCUCAUGUUCUGAUCGCGUGCUUGAGAACACUAGGAUGUCAUCCAAAUAGACUACCACGAACCUGUUGAUCAUAUCACCUAGGACGUCGUUAACCAAGUUUUGGAAGACUGCAGGGGCGUUAGUGAGCCCAAAGGGCAUCACUAGAUACUCGAAAUGGCCCAGGGGCGUGUUAAAAGCAGUCUUCCACUCGUCACCCUCCUUAAUACGGACGAGGUGGUAGGCGCUACGCAGGUCUAACUUCGUAAAGAGGGUAGCCCCGCGGAGGGGGGUGAAGGCAGAAUCCAUAAGAGGAAGAGGGUAUUUGUUUUUAAUUGUGAUGUUGUUCAGGCCUCGGAAGUCGAUGCAUGGUCUACGGCCGCCAUCUUUUUUACUCACAAAAAAGAACCCCGCACCGACUGGGGAGGAAGAAGGACGAAUAAUACCUGAGGCCAGGGACUCCGUGAUGUAAGCUUUCAUUGCCUCCCUCUCUGGUAGCGAGAUGUUGUAAAGCCGUCCCUUCGGGAGAGUCGCACCAGGAAGCAGAGUGAUGGCACAGUCGUAUGGACGGUGAGGAGGGAGUGACAUUGCCUGGUCCUUACUAAAAACUUGCCCCAGGUCGUGGUAGCAUUCUGGUACCGCCGAGAGGUCAGGCUGCUCCAGUUCGCGGACCGAUCGGGUAGGCACUAGGGCAGAUUUCAGACAGUGAGUGUGACAAUAUUCACUCCACGCCGUUAACUUGGGGUGUGUCCAGUCUAUGGUGGGGUUAUGAGUUCUCAACCAAGGCAAACCAAGGACCAAGGGUGUACGAGGACUACGGAAAACGAAAAAGGAGCUCACCUCUCUGUGGUUGCCAGAUAAAAGGACGUCGAAGGCUUCAGUCUGUCGGCUCACGCUGAAAAGAGGCUGUCCAUCAAGCGCAGUUGUCUUUAACGGGGCAGGAAGUGGGUGUGUCUCCAGCCCCAACUGGUUCACCAGGCUCUGAUCUAUGAAAUUUUCAUCUGACCCACAGUCUACUAGGGCUGUGACUGUGCGGGAGUGACCCCUCCAAGAGAGUGUAGCGGUGAGCUGGAGCCGACGUGAGGAAUUUUGGGAAACGUGGCUCACCAGUAGUCCCUCUUCUAUUGGCGAGCCUAUCAGUUUCCCGGACGCACCGGGCAGCUGCGUAUAAAGUGCCCUCCCUGACCGCAGUAAAUGCACAAUUGAGCAGCAUACCUGCGUGUGCGCUCCUCUUGGGAGAGCCUGGUGCGACCCAAUUGCAUGGGCUCGGGCUGGUCAGCAGGGGGCGGGGUCGCCGGCGCAGCGUCUGUGACCUGUACAGGAAGUGGAGGCGGGGACGGAAGGGCCGCGAAGCGAGUGCGCGGAGCGCCCGGUUGUUCCUUGCGUUGUCGUCGUCUCUCCCUCUGGCGAUUAUCGAUUUGAAUCGAUAAUCGGAUCAGACUGUCCAAUGAAUCCGGCUCGUCCCUCGUAGCCAAUUCGUCUUUAAGAGAUUCGUUCAAUGCGCCGGUGAAAAUCUCCUGGAGCGCCGCGUCGUUGAAACGGCUUUCAGCGGCUAGUGUCCGGAACUCGAUUGAGAAUUCUGCGACGCUCCGAGACCCUUGACGCACGGACAUAAUUCGCUUAGCGGCCUCUCUGCCGCGAACGGGAUGGUCGAAGAUUUUGCGCAUCUCCUCUGUGAAGCGGGAGUAUGACGUGCACAACGGGGAACCCUGCUCCCAUAUGGAGGAAGCCCAAUCCAACGCGGUCCCUCUCAUGCUACCAAUAAGGUUACUCCAGUUCACCGCGCUUUGCUUUUACGCACAGAACACAGUGCAGUCUCCCCCUAAUUUCAAGCACCAUGUCACCGAGCAGAGUCGUCUGUCUGACCGGACCAGUCGUCGAUUGACUCGGACCUACCAACUGUACAGCCGGACCAGCGGGAAACACGUCCAGGUGCUGUCCAACAAGAGGAUCAACGCCAAUGGGGAAGACGGAGCGGCGAACGCUAAACUCGAGGUGGAGACAGACUCUUUUGGGAGUCGUGUGCGGAUCAGAGGGGUGAAGAGCGGAUACUACAUAUGCAUGAAUAAGAGAGGAAAGCUGAUUGGAAAGAAAAAGGGAAGAGGCAAAGAUUGUAUCUUUACUGAGAUCGUUCUGGAAAAUAACUACACGGCACUGCAGAACGCCAAAUACGAGGGCUGGUACAUGGCUUUCACACGCAAGGGCCGUCCAAGGAAGGCCUCAAAGACCAAGCAGCACCAGAGAGAGGCCCACUUCAUGAAGCGGCUACCUAGAGGGCAUUUGCUGAGUGAGAGAAGACCGUUUGAUGUUUUGCCUCUCUCUGUUCUACCUUUAAGCAAACGGACUAAACAUUCCCAUCAGCAUCGCUCAGUGGGCCGUUGAUGGCUGACAAUGUGGACAAAAUAUGACAAACAACCCACUACGGGUUUGGGGAGGAAAAUUUACCUUUCACAGUGAACUGCCACUUUAUCGUUCAUUUUGUGGACUUUUUAUGUCAUUCUUGGCUCUGGAUUUGAUUUACGCGUUGUCUAAUAUGUUUAUUUCCAAUUUAGUGAGAAGAUGUUAGAUACAGUACAUUUUUUCUCAGUGGGAAAUUGAUGAAUUGGAAGAGAUCAAUUGGUUACAAGUUCAGGGGGUAACAAAUGUUCAAUGAAGCUAUACAUGGCAGCUAUCUCAGUUUUUAUUGUUAUGGUAAAGCAUCCGAGUUUCAUUGGAAAUUCUAAUUCCUUUCAGGAGGUAAUUCUGGUGUUUUUCAACAUAUAUGAGAUAUUUUUACUGUAAAAAUGUAAAUUACGACAAAUGGAUAUUUAUUGUAGAGUGUAUAUUAAAACCACUAAA